UAUAAGGAGGACAGGCAGCAUUGUCUGGCGGGCAUCACGGCUCAUGUAUAGCGGAAAGGCACGGACGAGAAACCGGACUGCUGACCUCAAAACAACACCCUGACGGAGGAGCACGGUUGUGGCUACGGGGACGCACCUAUCCUGCGGGUGUUCUUCAGGAAGGAGUCACCUCUUUUCAUCAUUCACAUCUCCCUGCUGCCCUGAAUGACGCUUUAGCAUCAUUAGCUGUAAUGCUAACACUAGCCUACAAGAGCCAGAGUCUCCUGGACAGUGUAUGGUGAACACAUGGAGUGCAACCCUUGAUGAUGAUGAGAUGGAAUGUUAACUCUAGGCUUUUCUAGACCAGAGGCCUACAACAUCCUCCUUUAAAUCUAGAACGACCUCAGUGCCGGUGGAUAAACCACUCCGAAGCACACCUAGUGAAUUUGACCUGACGGUGGAUACUACAGCUUCCAUCCAGACAGCAAACCAAAGCAGAGCUUUUCCAUUGUUCCCUUUUUGAUAAGUAACUAUUCGUAAGGAUUUGUAUAGCUGUGAGUUUUAUUUCCAGGAGAUUUUUUUGAGUUAUCUGUGAAAAUGGGUCCUGGAAUGGAAGCAGCGGACAUAGCGGUGGUAGCACUGUAUUUUGUCCUGGUGCUAGCCAUUGGUUUUUUUGCCAUGUGGAAAGCCAAUCGCAGCACUGUGAGAGGCUACUUCCUGGCUGGCCGCUCCAUGACGUGGAUUGUGAUAGGCGCAUCACUCUUCGUCAGCAACAUUGGCAGUGAACAUUUCAUAGGCCUUGCUGGGUCAGGAGCAGCGAGUGGUUUUGCUGUUGGAGCUUGGGAAUUUAAUGCACUUCUACUUCUGCAGCUGCUUGGCUGGGUGUUUAUUCCCGUGUAUAUACACUCGGGAGUGUACACGAUGCCGGAGUACCUGUCGAAACGCUACGGUGGCAACAGGCUAAAGGUUUACUUUGCUCUCUUGUCUGUAUUACUUUACAUUUUUACCAAGCUGUCUGUGGACUUGUAUGCUGGAGCUCUCUUCAUUCAGGAGUCCCUGGGGUGGAACCUUUAUGUGUCUAUUGUCCUGCUCAUCAGUAUGACUGCACUGCUCACUGUCACUGGUGGAUUGGUGGCAGUACUGUACACAGAUGCACUUCAGGCGGUGUUGAUGAUUGGUGGAGCCCUAACCUUAACCAUUCUCAGCCUAAUCAAAGUUGGUGGGCUAGAGGGUGUCAGAGUUAAGUACAUGCAGGCAGUUCCCAAUGUUACUGCUAUAAUGGCCACUGGAAACUUCACCUACUCCAAUUCCUGCCGCAUUGAGCCUAAACCAAACUCGCUACGCAUCCUUCGAGGUCCCCUAGACGAAGACAUCCCAUGGCCAGGAUUCAUUCUUGGCCAGACCCCUGCAUCUAUCUGGUACUGGUGUGCAGACCAGGUUAUUGUUCAGAGAGUACUAGCAGCAAAGAACAUCGCUCAUGCAAAGGGCUCUACACUCAUGGCUGGAUUUCUCAAGAUCCUGCCCAUGUUUGUAAUAGUCAUUCCAGGAAUGAUUUCCCGUAUCAUGUUUGCGGAUGAGAUCGCCUGCAUUGGGCCAGAACACUGCAUGGCUGUGUGCGGUUCUCAGGCUGGCUGCUCAAACAUUGCCUAUCCUCGUUUGGUAAUGGCAGUGAUGCCCGUGGGUCUCAGAGGUCUGAUGAUGGCAGUCAUGAUCGCUGCCCUGAUGAGUGAUCUAGACUCCAUCUUCAACAGUGCCAGCACCAUCUUCACACUGGACAUCUACAAAAAUGUUCGAAGGAAGGCAUCUCAGCGUGAGCUGCUGAUUGUGGGCCGCAUGUUUGUUGUGCUCAUGGUGGUCAUCAGCAUUGCCUGGGUCCCUGUUAUUAUUGAAAUGCAAGGUGGACAGACAUACCUCUACAUCCAAGAAGUUGCGGGCUACCUCACUCCACCAAUCGCUGCCCUCUUCCUGUUGGGUGUGUUCUGGAAACGGUGUAAUGAGACAGGCGCAUUUUGCGGCGGCAUGAUAGGUUUUACACUCGGUACCCUACGACUGAUCCUAGCUUUUAUCUACCGCCAGCCUCGCUGUGACCAGCCAGAUGAUAGACCUUCCUUCAUCGUUAAUGUUCACUACAUGUAUUUUGCCGCUGGGCUGUUCUGGAUUUCAGGGUUGGUGGCAGUGGUGGUCAGUCUCUGCACCUCUCCACCAGAUGAUGAGCAGGUUCGCACCACCACAUUCUGGGGGCUCCGCAACAUUGAAAAGGUUCCUACAAAGGACCCAAAGGAAACGUACAGGCUGACUGAAGAGAGCUGUUGUAAUGGUGAUGGAAGUCUCCAUAAAGAAUUGCCCCGAGACGUCAGAAUGGAGAGGUGUUUGGAUGGGGCAGAUGUUAAACUCCUGGUCCCAUCCACUGACCAUGACCCAGCAACUCCUAGUACGGAAGCAUCCCCUGCCACCACCCCUGCAGAACGAUUUAGUAAUGGAAUGAUGGAGGUGGUCAAAGAGGAAAGCUGCCAUGUUAAUGGGGAGAGUAGCAGGUGUAUGGGUUUACUGAACUGGUUUUGCGCAUAUAAGGACGGCUCACAGAGUGCUCAGCAAAAAGUAGUGCAGGAGGAUGAAAUCAUUGCACAGAUGCUGUACGAGCCACCGAAAGUUAAAAUACUCCUCAACACGGGUCUGCUGUUCGUCUGCUCUGUGGGCAUCUUAAUGUUUGUUUAUUUCUCAUUGUAGUUGAACUCUGCACUGAACUAACAGGGACUGAUGUGGGGGCUUUUAUUAAGGUGGAGGUAAUGUGCGUGUGUGUGCGUGAAGGGGGAGGGGGGCUGUUACAAAGAAACAAUUGAAUUUUCAACGAUUUGAGAAGCUCUGUCUGUAAUAUUUACAGUUGUCUUUUGUAGCUCUCUAACAUGAGUCAAAGCUUAUUCUAAUCAUUUUUUUAAAUGAUUGAAGCUUCUCCACAUGAAAACAGUUGUACUCCUUAAUGACUAUGAAGCUUAUUUGGCACUUGCGUGUUCAUUUUGUACAGUGCCUGUUGUUAAUCCUGCAUUCAGUAUAUUUACUGGGGUGAUAGAGUUGUUGUACUCUUAGUGAAUUUAAUAUUUGCCUUAUUUGACAUAUGCACUUGUCUUUUUUUGUUUUGUGAAAAAUAAUUGUAUUCUGUGAUUUAAGCUUCCCCCCCAUUUUUGUUGACAGUGACUGUAGACGUAGUUGCUGGUGCAAUAUACAUAUUUUUGUAAUAAGUCAAACACUAUUUUCAGUUAUGGUCCAUGACAGUUUUGUACAAGUUUCUGCCGCUGAACACUUUAUUAUUACUUCAUUAUUUUACCAGAACUUUGAGUAUGUGAUUACUAUUUAAGUUUUAUUGUGCCCUUGACUGUCAUUUUAAGGUUAUUAGCAAAUUACCUAAUACAUGUCCAUUUUAUUUUGCUGGAGAGAACAGGUAGAGGUGAUAUCUAACUAUUUGUUAAUAAGGGGACCAUUGUGAAAUUUGUUAAACAACAUCUAACAUCAAGUGCUAAGAGGCAUUGCUUCUCUGCUGCUGUUACAUAUCACCAUUAUGUUUAUGGCGAUUAUCAAAAUCACGGUUUUGAUUCAGCCCACUGGAGGUAUUGUGUAAAUAUCUGGCAUUUAGAAUAUGUAUGUUUUUUGCAGCACAGGAAAUAAAAAGAAGAAGCACAACAUUA